CUUGUGGCCGACCUGCCAAUCCGCGGGAGAUCUCGAAGGCGGACAUAUUGGCCCUGCCUGUACGACGCGAGCUAGCGACCACGGCCCGUCCGGGACCCACGAAUACGAGGGGACGGGAGAUAGACAUACUCCCUGCAACGAGACGCUGUGACGGCCGGCUGCGUGCAACCAAACAUACCCCAACGAACCAUCACGUCUGGCACGAGCACCCAGAGGCGGGUGCGCGGGUGUGUGUGGACGGGUCACCAGGACUACGAGCGGUUCAUAGUGGGCAGAAACCUGCGGCGCCUUGCAGAAACCAAGAGAGCUCUUGAGAGCUCUUGAGGCUUGAGAGUCGGCCAAUUGAGCUAGGCGGAGGUUGAGGCUGUUUGACGCUUGACGGCCGCCCGUCCGUCUGACGCGUCGGCCCUUUGGCUCUUGUUGUCCAACAUUUUUUUUUUCCUGUUUCUUUUCUUGGCCGCACAUACGCGGUUCGGUCGGGCAGAAUCCAGUGGUGGCGGCCUUGUGUUGGGCUUGGUGUGGGGGGUUUUUGGUUGUCUGGCCUCCGUUUCCAGCGCACGGUAAACACUAAACAAAUUACGCUAGGGGUGCUGCCGGCCCGACCGUGGGAAAAAACACAAUGUCUUUCACCACCAGCACCACGACGCUCACGACGACGCCGCUCUCGUCCAUCCCGCACCACAGCCUCCUGGCGCCUGCUCCUCUCAGAGCGUUUUCCCGUGCGCCGCCGCGAAGAUCCUCAGGCCUGGGCUCGCUAGCCUCGGCGUCGACGCCAAACCUCAACUCGCUCUACACGGCUCACUCGCGCCUCGCUCCCCCGGGCCUGUCGCGCAAGGCCUCCUUCGCUGCCCUCACCCCGAACUCGCUCGCCUCCAUCCCCGAUGACACCGAGUCCUACGCCCUGCACUCCGUCCUGAACGACGAAGACGCCCCCGCGUCCCCCACCAGGAUGUUGCCCCCGAUCUCGAGCCCGGCACGCCCGUCCACGGCCGACCCCCACGGCGCCGUCGCCGUCGGCGACUCAGUCGAUGUGCCUGGCAACAUGGUUGGCACCGUCCGCUUCGUUGGCUCCGUCGGCGGCCGUAGGGGGGUCUUUGCCGGCGUCGAGCUGCACCCGGAAUUCGCCUUGAGGGGCAAGAACAAUGGUGACGUCGACGGCGUUUCCUAUUUCACCACCACGAGGGCAGGCGCUGGCAUCUUCCUACCACUCUCCAAAGCCGUCAGGCGAGGCUCACCACUAACCAUGCCCCUAACACCGACGGCCUCCAUGCCCGGCCUCAAGGCCGGGAACCAGAACUCGACAAACUUUACUCCCCCAACGCCAUCACUACCCAAGUUCAGCCAGUCUAUCGGUCCAAGCCGCACUGCAAGUCCAACGGGCAAGAGGCCUAGAAUGUCAAUAGCACGGCCCGAGUCCCCCAUUCGCCGCCUGCAGAUGACGCCUGCCCCCCGCUCUUCCAUCGCAACGCCUGCUCCGAAAGUGGCUGGGCCAAGGUACGGCGGCUCGCCAAACAGCAAGUUCUCCCAGAGCGUUCGUGGCACCGCCGGUGAUCCCAGCAAGCGGGGAGGCCUGAGGCAGGAGAGCAGGGUUGGCGGCGUCGGCCCACGCAGCGCGUCCGCACUGGGUGGCGGCAGCCAAAGCGGCUUCACCGACGACGAGACCACACCCGUUGGGCUCAAAAUGCCCCAGACCAACGGCAGCAUAGGCUCCAUAUCUUCUCUUAGCGCCAAGCUGCGUCCGCCAUCCCGCACCGCCAACGGCAACGCCUCUCAGAAUGAAGAAAUGGAGCGUCUUCGCGCCAAGCUCGAGGACCGCGACAGGCAGCUGAAGGAACAGGCCCAGUCGCUGGCCGAGAUGGAGAGCAACUUGACGGAGCUACAGACUCUUUUCGAGGCCCAUGUUGAAGGAGGCGAUGUACCAAUGCCGGGCCGGCGGGGGAGCCUCGACGACAAGGACACGGCGCAGCUCCGAGCCCUGCUGCGGGAAAAGAACGAGAAGAUAGCAAUGCUCACUGCCGAGUUCGACGCCCACAGGGCCGACUUCAGGAGCACUAUUGAUACGCUGGAGCUGGCAAGCACCGAGACGGAGAGGGUGUACGAGAAGAAGCUGGAGGAGGUGCUGCAGGAGCUGCACGACUACCAAGAUCGCACCACGGACGUCAACGCCGUCGCCAAACAGCUUAAGCAGCUGGAAGAGCUGGUGCAGGAGCUCGAGGAAGGGCUCGAGGACGCCAGGCGAGGCGAGGCCGAGGCGCGUGGCGAAGUCGAGUUCCUUAGGGGCGAGGUUGAGAGGACACGCUCGGAGCUGCGGCGGGAGCGCGAGAAAGCGGCCUCCGCAGGGCCUGCCAACGGCACCCGAGGCGGAUCCAGCUCCAAGGAGCUGGAGCAGAAGGAGGACGAGAUUAGAGGUCUCAAGGCCAUCAUCCACUCACUGAGCAGGGACUCGAUUCCCGGGCUGCCUGGCGACGAUCCCAACAGGACGCCCACCCUGAGCCAGGCCCCCUUCAAAGGCGCUUCCAACGACCGCAUCGCGCGUGAGCGUCUGGAGCGUGAAGUGGCUGAGCUUCGAGCGCUGCUGAACACCAAGUCUGGCCGCGAGGGCGAUAUCGAGCGCGAGCUUGACCAGCUCCGCAUCGACAGCCACCGGGCUAGUGCCGCUACGGUGGUACCCAUCGACCACGACUCGUUCCGUGACUCGAGGGGCACCGCCAUACUCUCGCGGGAGGUCGAGCCGCGGUCACCUGAGGGUCCCCGCAAGACGCACACGCGUGCCACUACUCUCGAUACCAUGCCCGAGAGCGACGCCUACUCGACGGCGACCGAGAACAGCACGCUCUGGUGCGAGCUGUGCGAGACGUCUGGCCAUGGCAUCCUGAACUGCACCAACAUGUUCGGCCCCCAGGGCAACGGCAACGCCAACGGGUCGCCCGCAUCGGCCCGCGGCUACCACGGCCGGGCGGGCAGCGGUGCUGAUGGCGCCAUGCGCAACGGCAAGGAUGUCGUCCGCAACUCCGGGGUCCGAAACCUGUCGCCCAAGAGGGGCCAGGACGCCUCGGCGACGCCCGCGCCGCUGUCGCCCAUGCGGACCAAGGCUCCCGUCCCCACGCCCGACGUCAAGAUCCUGCCAAACCCCAUGGAGUCGGGCCCCGUCGCCGGAAAGGAGAGCGGCGUCGUCGAUGUCGAGAAGUGGUGCGCUCUGUGCGAGCGCGACGGGCACGACAGCGUUGACUGCCCCUUCGAGGACGCCUUUUAAACAGACAGACAAGAAACUCGUGUCUGCGAGCCAAUUGACGACAUGACCAUUGUUUUACAACUCAACACCUCAGCACCUCAGCCGGUCGAGUACGAACCAGGCGAAGAGUGCAGCCGCCAUGACCCAAACUACCUUAUAUAAUCAACCAACUACGCUUGGUAAUUCUUUUGGCCCUGUUCGACUCCAAGUCGGCUUCCUAUUCUCUAUUCUCGACCACUUUUUACACUGUACAAUAUGUCUGCCGGCCCCUUCCGCAGGAAACGCCUAACCUUUUCAUAACGGACUUUGUUUUCUGGGGCAAACUUGUCUCGGCGAGGCGCGUAUCAGGGAGCAAUGAACGAUGUUUUCUCGACUUGCUAUCGAGGUCGGCGCUGUUUAAUUCGAGUUGUUACGGCCCUGCGAUGAUGGCAUCUUCGCUGUUGGGUGGGGACAGUAACCGGUUUUCCUUGAUGCAAAACAAGCGAACCGAGUGUGACGGCGCUCCCAUUCAACCUCCUGCCGCCCUUCUACCAAGGUUCUGUUGCUUUGCGAGACUAGUUCCCUCGGCCUUUGUUUCUCUUUAUCUUGUGCUUCCACUCUUCAUGCGCCUCACACUCGAGGGGGGGCCGGCGGGGAGGAGGGUCAGGUGUGUUUGCUCUAGGAUACCCGCUGGGUUUUGAUGUUUUGCCGGCCACUGUCUUGGAAGGGGAAAGGGCAUCGAGUACUCUAGAUAUUGUCUUUUUAAUCAUGCGGUAGACAAAACGAACAACGUUGAUCAUGCCAACAACCGUAAGGGCAAGUCCUUGUGUGCAAGGCAGCAAGAUGAAGAAGGAAACAUGAUCUGGGGUGAGCUAGCGAGGUAUGAGCCGUAACUUUGAUAUUGAGAGCUAAAUCACAGUCCAUCAUCUUACAUGGCUGUAUUC